GGGAACCGGCCUUUCUGCAUGGAGAAAAGACGUGGCCGUGGAAGAUACAGAGGUAGAAAGUGUGGUCGAGGUCACAAAGGAGAAAGACAAAGAGGAAAUCGCCCCCGAUUAGGCUUUGAGGGUGGUCAAACUCCAUUUUACUUGGCCAUACCAAAAUACGGGUUUAAUGAGGGACAUAGUCUCCGGCGUCAGUAUCAACCGCUCAGUCUUCAGAGGCUGCAGUACCUGAUUGAUUUGGGUAGAGUUGACCCCACGCAACCAAUUGACUUAACACAGCUCACUAAUGCCAGAGGUGUAACAGUGCAACCUCUCAAAAGGGAUUAUGGUGUCCAGCUGGUGGAGCAGGGUGCUGAUAUCUUUUCAGCAAAAGUAAAUAUUGAAGUUCAGAGGGCAUCGGAAUUAGCAAUUGCAACCAUAGAAAAAAAUGGAGGUGUUGUAACAACAUCGUACUACGAUCCAAGGAGUUUGGAAAUUUUAUGUAAGCCAGUAGUAUUUUUUCUGCGUGGCCAGCCUAUUCCAAAGCGAAUGCUUCCACCUGAAGAUCUGGUCCGUUACUACACAGAUGCCAGGAAUCGUGGGUACCUGGCAGAUCCAUCUAAGGUUGCAGAAGCCAGGCUUGAACUUGCCAAGAAAUAUGGUUAUGUCUUACCAGACAUAACUAAGGAUGAACUCUUCAAAAUGUUAAGCGCACGCAAGGAUCCUAGGCAGAUAUUUUUUGGUCUUGCUCCAGGAUGGAUCGUAAACAUGGCAGACAAGAAAAUUCUAAAACCAACUGAUGAGAGGCUGUUAAAAUACUACAGCUCAUGAAUUCAGAACUGGAGACAACUGCAGGUGUACAGGAAACAUCUGGGUAUGAAAUAAUGGAUACGAAGUGGUGUUUGUUUUUUUUAAGACUCCUGUUAUACUAGACAAAACAUAAAUUUUUGUUUAUGUAAUCUUCUGGUGUAGCUCUCGCCUUUUUUUUUUUUUGUGGUAAUAAAAGUCUUAACAUUUGGAAACAGUAGAGAGUCUGAAAUAAAGUGUGUGCUCGGACACUUUUUUUUGCAAUGAUUUGCCAGUUAUUUUUGUCAGACAAAAUGUUUUGAUGUUGCAUUUAUUUCAGAGGAUGAUUCUGAAGAGUAACUUGACCUAAUAGUUAGUUUAUAUUUCCCCCCCAUCAAUUUAAUAUCAGAAACAUGGCUGUACAAAACCAAUACUAGUUUUACAAUUGUAUUACAUAGCAUUUUAUGUUUUAGAAAAUGGUAUCUUGAACACCUCUAAGAGGUAGGCCGUCUAUUUUUGGAUGGGGAAAAUUAAAACCAACCAGAAAUAACAAAGUACAGAAGAAUUCAUUAACCUUUUCAGUUCCAUGGCAGUGUUUUGGAUUUUGCCGCUGCCAUCAGUACUGGAGCCUGAGAGAUCUUGAUUUUUAUCUUAUUCCUUCAGAUGGAAUUGAGAAAGACAGGCUGUGCAGUUUGAAAGAAUUUUUUAUCUAAAUUUAAAAAAAAAGAAAUAGCUAUCUUAAUUCAAUGGCUUUUAUUACUCAAACAGAAUUUGAAACUUGUCCAGACACAAAUGUAAUGUCAUUAAUAAAAAUGCGUAGCAGAAUCCAGAGCCAAUGAACAGUAGACAGUGACAGUAGAUCAUGAAGGAUGGGGAUGUGGUGGACAAAGUACGCCAGUAGGAUUCAGUUUUCAGCUUGAUCACAGGUUGCAUAUGUGACAGUGGACAAAUGAAUUUAGAUGCUGUGAAAAGUUAUGAACAAAUUAUUUUUAUGGGAAACAGUAUUUUAAUCACACCAACUUGAUACAAUCUUGAAAAAUAUUUUCCAGCAAAUGUUUGUUUCACCAGGCUGUCCAGAACACUGUGCUGUUGCUAUGCAGGAGUAUUCCAGGUUUCGUAUGGAAGUUUAGGAUUGGGCAUUUGGGAUGAUGAACAGAGCAGUAAAUGGAAAGAUCAGACAGGAGACUAAGUUAGUCUGUCAGAACUUGAUCUGGCUCCUCAGAAGUUAAUGAGAUGCUUCAUAAUUACAUGAACUUUAAUGGAAGCUGAAUUUGGCUUUAAAAUAGGGAUAAUUUGGUUAUUAGGAAACAGUCCGGAAGACCAGAACACAAGAAUGAGUCUUGCUUUCCAAUGGUCAUGUGCCUUUGGAAAUGCUACUUAGUUUCCUGUAGCUGCUAAACCAUCCCAUCUCCUAGGGAAAGCCCUCCGAGUGCCAAAAUCUCCUGUUUCUCCUGUGUAACACCUGUCUUUCAUUUGUGUGCCUCAAGGCGGGGGGGAGGAA